UCUGAAAUCUGAAUUUUGACGUUUGGUGAUCACAAUUGACAAUAAAUGUCUAUUUUAAAAAUUUAUUAAAGAAAUUUUCUUGUUUUCGUAGAAAAAUGAUAUCACAACAAUUGGAAUUACUAUCGGAUAGCCCUUCGCAAUGGACAACAAUCGCUCAUGUUACACCGGAAAUUCAGAGAAAGGAAAUCAAACCAUUUGUUCUGCUCGCUCUAAAAGAAUUGGAGGGUAAUCCUGAUAGUAGAACAUCAAGCCUACAAAAUGCUAAUAAAUUUGCAGCAGUCAGAUCUGUGGUUAGACAUAUCUCAAGAUUACGCUCAGCGACUAAGGAACCGUGGAAUGGAAAUGAUAUACAGAUAUUCUUGGAAGGACUCAGUUUCUCACCAGAGUGUGCAGCGGAGCUGACGACACUACUAUGCACAGAUAAAAUAUAUGAAAAUAUUCCGAAACAUCUACGAGUGAAGCCGGGCGUCGUUGAUAUGCAAUGGAAAAUUGAUUUAUCUUUAAGUCAAUCAAACAUACAAACAGAAAAUGCAAAUGAACAGCGUAUAAAAGAGAUAAUGUACAGAGAUACACAGAUUAUAUUAAUUUUUAACCUAACAGAUGGACAGAUGAAAACUUUUAGGUUAUCUAUAAGUAAAUUUCAAGAACUGAGGUUUAUUAUAGCGAGCGCGUUGAAGAGUAUGAUCAUUUUAGAAAAGAGAAAAUGUAUGAGAAAGGACUGACGAAUGUUUUUCUGGGGGUAAAUAGAGAUUUGAGGGGGUUGUAACAUGUGUUGUUGUAACAUCUCUAUGUAGAUACUAUGAAAGAUAUAGGGUAUCCAACAGCUCUAUAUCCUGUAUUGUAUUGUAUUGUAUUGUGUAGUUGUAAGAAAGGAAAUUAGAUUAGGAUUAAAUAAAUAUUUGAAACUAUUAGAUAGAUAGAAUAUAUUAGAAGAUAUAAUAAAGAAUGGCUGUUAUCAACUAUGUAGACACCAUUAAAGAGCUCUGUAUCCUCUAUUGUAUUGAGUAAUGCUAACAGAAAAGCAGAUGGGGGUGAAUAGAACUUUAAGGAGAUUCUAACAACUCCAUAUAGAUACAGUAAAGAAUACAGGUGGUUGUCACAACUAAGUAUAUAUAAAAUAUUAUAUGCUGUAAUUGUAAGGCAAAAUAGUUAAGUGAUUACACAUUUCCAAUAAAAAAUAAUCUGUAAUUAAUGUUAUUUAGUUACUAAUUAGUUUAAAUAGAGUGUUGAUCAAGUUGUAAUAUAGAAUAAAAUUAAAUAAAAAAUUAUUAGUUAUGUUA